CUUCACCCCUUGAAACUUGUCCCAUACUUGCUAUUGUCUGCAAAAUGUUUACCAGGAGACCUAAUACUCUUGCCAGGGCCUACCUUUUGGGACUACUCUUCCACAAUCUCUCAGGGUCCUGGGCCCAGGUGCAGCUGGUGGAGACAGGAGGCAAACUGAUGUAUGAGGGCCAGGACUUGACCUUGACCUGUACAGUCUCAGGGUCCCUCCGCUUUAGUGACUUUUCCUUUUCCUGGCACUGGAGCCCAUCUGGAAGCUCCAAGGAGUUUGUGGCCAGCAUCACUGCUGGGAUAGGUGACAAACAGGAUUACAGGAGGGACAUUCAGGAUAGAGCCUUCAUUUCCAGGAACAACGAUGCCAGUAGAGUGUCACUGACUCUGCGCCAUCUGCGGAAGGAGGACUCAGGCAUUUACUACUGUGCGAGACUCACCGUGUUGAGGUGGGACACAGAUAGGUGGGGAGACUUUGGGCCAGGAACAGAAGUGACUGUGAUUCCACGUGAUAAGUUCUACCUGAAGGAAUUAGGAGGAGGCCCCUACCCACACAGACUGACCCUGAGCCUCAAGUGCCAAACCUCUGGCUUCCAAUUCAAGACAAGUGUAUUAGGCUGGUACCUUUGGGACCCUGGUCAUGCCCCUCGGUGGCUGUCCAGCAUUGACCAUACAUCUGCAGAAACCAACGAAGGCCGCAUCAUCUCCUCUAGGGAGGACAACAGCAGCCAGGUUUUUCUUCAGAUUAAGGGCCUGGGCCUCAGGGACUCUGGCCAUUAUCACUGUGCCAGAAGAGUGGGGGAUAAAGGUGACACAGACAAGCUGGUCUUUGGUCCUGGGACGGCUGUGACUGUAGAACCUGGACCUCGGACCCCUCUGACACCCAGCGUGUUCCUGGUGAGGAAUCAGGAUGCUGUGGCCUGCUUGGUCAGUGACUUCUACCCCAAGGAACUCCAUGUGUCCCUGGCCUCCCCUAGGGCCUCAGUCUCAGCCCAGGCCCUCACUGUGGCUUCCACAGCCCAUGGCACCUACAGUGCCAUCCAGAUUGGCAGGGUUGGUGAGAAUGACUCAGUAACCUGCUCAGUUCAGCACCUUGGGAAAGAGACCCUUGUGUCCUACCAGCCAGACACUGUGAAGCUGGAACCAUCCUGCCCUGAUCAGGAGUUUGCAGCAGAAUCCAAGCAGAGGAAUAAGUUGCUCCUCAGUGUGCUGAGCCUGAGACUACUAUUUUUGAAGAUUGUGCUCAUUAAUGUCCUGUUCACAAUGAUAGCUUUGAUCUUCUGAGAAAAAUCCUUGGAAUGAAGUUUCAGGAGUCAACACUUUGUUCUCAACAUCACCCUUGGAAAUCCCAGAAUGAUUCCAGUGACUUAAGUUACAUUUAUUCCCUGGGCCCACCCCCCCACAGAAUAGCCAAUCAUGGGUCUGUGUCCCCUGUGAUCUGUUCCCCAGAUUCCUAUUCUGAAAUAAAAAUGGAAGAGCCCUGUC